AAAACAAAUAAAUUAUUUGGAGUAAAAUUGACUUGGGUCAAUAUGGAUUGAUUAUUAUAUUGCAAUAGACUUGCGUGACUAUCUGUAUUUUGCAUUUUCGAUAAGGAAAGUGUUGACUGAAUGAAAUCAAUACUCCAAAUAUGAACCAUCAAUGGAUAUACGACGUGUUCAUAAAUUUCAGAGGGGACGACAGUCGUAAUAGCUUGGUUUCUCAUCUGUACGCUGCUCUCUCAAACGCGCGAAUCAACACAUUUCUUGACGAUGAGAAGCUUCACAAGGGAUCGGAGCUGCAACCACAACUAUUGAGAGCAAUACAAGGGUCUCAGAUCUGUUUAGUUGUUUUCUCGGAGAAUUACAGUAGAUCUAGUUGGUGUCUUCUUGAACUUGAAAAAAUCAUGGAAAACCGUGGUACUCAUGGUCAAAUAGUUAUACCAAUAUUUUACCAUAUUGAUCCAGCCAUUGUUCGUCGUCAGUUAGGUAAUUUUGGAAAAGCUUUAGAAAUUACAGCUAAAAAAAUGCAAUCAAAAAGGGAGAAGCAAAAACUGUUGUUGCAGACGUGGAAGUCUGCUCUUAGCCAAGCUACAAAUUUAUCUGGCUGGGAUGUCACCUCUUCCAGGAAUGAAAGUGAACUGGUGCAAAAAAUUGUUGAGGAGGUAUUGGCAAAGCUAGACAACACAUUCAUGCCUCUUCCUGAGCACACGGUUGGACUAGAGUCCCGUGUUGAGAAAAUGGUUCCAUGGAUUGAAAAUAAUUCAACAAAGGUUUGUAUGAUAGGCAUAUGGGGAAUGGGAGGGUUGGGUAAAACUACGGCAGCCAAAGCCAUCUACAAUCAAAUUCAUCGCAAAUUUGUGUACAGAAGUUUCAUCGAAAAUAUUAGAGAAACUUGUGAAAGGGAUAGCAAAGGCGGAUGGCAUAUUUGUUUACAACAACAACUUCUUUCAGAUCUUCUCAAAACAAAGGAGAAGAUACACAACAUUGCCUCUGGGACAAUUGCAAUCAAGAAAAUGCUCUCUGCAAAAAAGGUGCUCAUUGUACUUGAUGAUGUGACCAAAGUAGAGCAGGUAAAAGCCCUAUAUGAAAGUCGUAAGUGGUUUGGUGCAGGAAGUGUAUUAAUUGUUACAAGCAGGGAUGCACACAUACUUAAGUCACUUCAAGUUGACCAUGUCUAUCCAGUUAACGAGAUGGAUCAAAAGGAGUCCCUCGAGCUUUUCAGCUGGCAUGCGUUUAGACAGGCAAGUCCAAGAGCAGACUUCAGUGAGCUCUCAAGUAGUGUAAUUAAGUACUGUGGAGGACUACCCUUGGCUGCUGAAGUCAUCGGAUCUUAUUUAUAUGGCAGGACAAGAGAAGAAUGGACAAGUGUGCUAUCAAAACUAGAGAUAAUUCCUGACCAUCAUGUGCAAGAGAAACUAAGAAUAAGCUACGAUGGUCUAAGUGAUGGUAAGCAAAAGGAUAUAUUUCUUGACAUAUGUUGUUUCUUUAUCGGCAAGGACAGAGCUUAUGUUACUGAGAUUCUAAAUGGCUGUGGACUUUUUGCUAGUAUUGGAAUAUCUGUCCUCAUAGAGCGGAGCCUCUUAAAAGUUGAAAAGAAUAACAAGCUUGGAAUGCAUGAUUUAAUAAGAGACAUGGGAAGAGAAAUUGUUCGUCAAAAUUCAGAAAAAGAUGUUCGCCAAAUUUCAGAAAAAGAUCCAGGGGAGCGUAGUCGGUUGUGGUUUCAGAAAGAUGUACAUGAUGUUUUGACAAAUAAUACUGGAACAAAAACUGUUGAGGGUUUGGUUUUAAACUUGGAAACAACAAGCAGAGCUAGCUUUAAUACUAGUGCUUUUCAGGAGAUGAAGAAACUGAGACUUUUACAACUUGAUUGUGUUGACCUCACUGGAGAUUUUGGGUUUCUUUCCAAACAACUGAGAUGGGUCAAUUGGCGACAAUCUACCUUCAACCAUGUUCCCAACAACUUUUAUCAAGGAAAUCUAGUUGUUUUUGAAUUAAAAUAUAGCAUGGUUAAACAAGUUUGGAAGGAGACCCCGUUUCUGGACAAGCUAAAAAUUCUCAACCUCAGUCAUUCCAAGUACUUGAAAAACACCCCUAACUUUUCAUUAUUACCGAGUCUAGAAAAGCUCAUUAUGAAGGAUUGUCCAAGUUUGUCCGAGGUACACCCGUCCAUUGGAGAUCUCAAUAAUCUUCUUCUGAUAAAUUUUAAGGAUUGUACAAGUCUUGGCAAUCUACCAAGAGAGAUAUCUCAAUUGAUGUCUGUGACAACUCUCAUACUUGAUGGUUGUUCAAACAUUACUGAAUUGGAAGAAGAUGUAGUGCAAAUGAAAUCCUUGAAAACUCUAAUGGCAGCAAGAACUGGUAUAGAAAAAGCACCUUUUUCCAUAGUUAGUUCGAAAAGCAUUGUUUAUAUAUCCCUGUGUGGAUUUGAAGGAUUUGCACGUGAUGUUUUUCCUUGUCUCAUACGGUCUUGGAUGUCACCAACAAUAAAUUCCUUACCACAUAUCCCUCACAUGUCCUUGGGUGUAGAGAGUAAUGAUUUGCGUUUGGGCAAUCAAUCAUCAACGCUUAGAAGCUGUUCAACACCUAGAAGUGUUUGGGUACAAUGCUGCUCCGAUAUUCAAUUAACUGAAGAAUUAAAAAGAUUACUUAAUGAUCUAAACAGUGUGGAUUUUACUGAAUCAGAAACUUCACAUGCAUUACAAAUCUCAGAUCUAUCAUUGAAAUCUUUUGUUAUUACUCUUGGCAAGAGCUUAUCACAGGGAUUAACAACCACAACCACUGGUUCCAAUGAUUGUUUUGUUCUGGUUAACAAUUAUCCUUCUGGGUUAUCUUAUACAUGUACAGGACCUUCAGUCCGAUUUCGAGUGCCUGAGGAUAGUGAUUGUCACAUGAAGGGAAUUACUUUAUGUGUUGUUUAUUCAUCAACAUUUGAAAACAUGGAAACUGAAUGCCUCGUUGGUGUUUUGAUUAUUAAUUAUACAAAAUUCACUAUCAAUUUAUACAAGCGAGACACAGUAAUGUCCUUUAACGAUGAAGAUUGGCAGGGUGUAAAAUCAAAUUUAGGAGCUGGUGACAAUAUGGAGAUUUUUGUAGCUUUAGGGAAUGGUAUGACUGUUAAAGAAACAGGUGUCCAUCUUGUACAUGGCCAAUCAAGUACUAUGGAAGUUGAGUCGUCGUCAAUGACCAUGGAAGUUGAGCAAUCUAUUAUGGUAAAAAUGGAGCCAUUGCCCGAAGUGGAAGUGCAAACGCAGCCUAAUGUGAAAAUAGAUCCAUCACCUGAAGAGGAAGUACAAUCAUCCCUUGAUGUGAAAAAUGAGGCAUCACUUAUUAUCCAGAAUGAACCAUCACUGGAGCCAUCGCUUACUGUCCAGGACGAGUCAUCACCGAAGCCAAAUGAAAACAUCUUUGCAAAACUUGGAAAGAGAGUUGGUAAAUGUGUAUGCUUGAAACUAUAGAAUAGGGAUCUCAGAAAUUUAUGAUUGCCCAAUUGGGCACACUUUGUCCUAAUAUCGAAAUACCUUCCUAAAUAUUAUCAUCUUAACGACUUUACCUGUAUGUUUUUGUAGGAUACUCAUCUAGUUUUGAACUGCAUUAACUACUUAUUUAUAUAUUACCCAUUUAUCAUGUAAAUGUAAACAAUAAAUAUCAUGACAUCCUCUAAAAAAAAAACAAUUGGAUAGAAAGAUAAACUAAUGAUCUAUCCUGAAGAGGAAACUUAAGAAAAUCGA